CCAAACGAGAUAUGUAUCCAUUGAAGCGAUGUUCGAAACUCUGGGGUCGACUCGGAAAAAUUCGGACCGAAAGUUAUGCUUGUAUAAUGCCUAAAUAUAGAUUAGUUGCUAUCAGACGUAAUAGACAUAUGGUUAUACAUUCGAUGAUUUAUUGAACAUGUAAGAAAUUGAAAUCAUCGAGACGUAUGUUUUCUCGCCUUAAUCUAUUGAUAUUCUGUGAGAUAUUUACAUUUAACUUUUUUUUUGUACAUCAAAGUGGUUAAAAAUAAAGACUAACAUAGACGAUACAUAUGUUGCUUGUCCUCCGCUUCCUAAAUUAUUAUGCAAUAUUUGCAUGAACUGCGGUUCAAGGAAUAUUAACGUAUUAUAUAUACAAGGAAACAAAGUACAGAUAUUAAUUAAAAACAUACACGAGCUAAAAGUACAAACUACGAGCGUGCGGUUUAAUAAAACGGAUUUAACGAAUUCCAAUUCAAUUCAAAAUACGACGAGCGGUAAAACAGACAUAAGAACAAACGCGACAAUUUUCAACAACAACGAAACCCCAUUACUGAUAUGUCGCUGGUUCGUUAUAAAAUAAGCCUCACUUCACAUGUCAGAAUGCACUUGAAACAAUUUACGCUGUCGUUACAAACAAGCGCACUUCUUAACAUGCGCAUGCAUAAGAGCAUGACAAUUUUCCAAAGAUGCAUAAACAGAUAGUGGCGACUAUCUUCGAAGGACAAACCGACGAUAAUAGAAAAUUAUAGAUUGUUAACAAAUGAUACAUUGUUAAUAAAUAGUACAGUAUAUAAAGGUGAAUUUCGUAUCUUACAGGCCGUCAAGAAUCGCUAAAAUAAAACGUCAGAUCGUCACGCGCUUUACAAUGUCGCGCGCUAGUCUCGUAUUGCUCGCUGCGAUCGCGGUGCUUUUCAGCACGGCUACCUCAGAAGAUCACGAAUGCCUGGAAAAUCAAAAAUGGGAAACUUGUGGAACAGCAUGUCCGCUGACCUGUGACUCGUUCCUCGAACCACAAGUCGCUUGCACAUUGCAAUGCGUAAUCGGCUGCCAAUGCAUACAUGGCUUUGUAUUGGACAGCAACAAAAUCUGUAUUAAUUCAACCCUAUGCCCAUAAUUAAACGAGACAUCUACCUGAAGUGGUGUUCAAAACUUUAGAGUCGACUUGGAAAAAUUCGGAUCGAAAGUUAUGCUUGUCCAAUGCCUAAAUAUAGAUUAGUUGCUGUCAGAUAUAAUCGGUAUAUGGUUAUAUCGUAUAUGGUUAUAUGGUAUGGGUACAUAGUUAUAUACUUAAUUACUCAUUAAACAGAUGGGAAAUUGAAAUUAUCAAGACGUAUGUUCCUUUGUCUUAUUCUAUUGAUAUUUUGUGAGAUAUUCACACUUAACGUGCAACGUGAGGCUUAUAAAUUAAGACUCACUUCACGUGCCCUUGAAACAAUUUACGCUACCGUUACAAACAAGCGCACUUUUUAACAUGCACAUGCAUAAGAGUAACAAUUUUUUAAUGACGCAUAUGUAGAUAGUAGCAACUAUCUUCGAAGCGCAAACUGAUGAUGAUAGAAAAUUAUAGAUUGUAAACAAAUUAUAUUGUUAACAAUUGGCAGAAUAUAUAAAGGUGUAUUUUGUACCUCACAAGCCAUAGCAAUCAAGAAAAUAAAAAAUUGAUAUUUUGUGAGAUAUUCACACUUAACUUCUCUGUACAUCAAAGUGGUUAAAAAUAAAGGUUAAUAUAGAUAGUACAUAUGUUGCUUGUCUCACGCACCCUACAAUAUUAUGCAAUAUUUGCGUGAACUGCGGUUCAAGGAAUGUUAACGUAUCAUAUACAAAAAUAGAAAACACAGAUAUUAAUUAAGCACAUACCGAACCUAAAGUGCAAACUGCGCGCGCGCAGUUUAAUAAAAUGGAUUUAACGUAUUUGAAUUCAACGCAAAAUACGACGAGCAGCGAAGCACACAUAAGAACGAACGCGAUGACCUUCAAUAACAACGAAACUCCAUUACCGAUAAGUCGCUGUUUCGUUAUAAAAUAAGUCUCAUUUCACAUGCCCUUGAAACAAUUUACGCUAUCGUUACAAACAAGCGCACUUGUUAAUAUGCGCAUGCAUAAGAGCAUGAUAAUUUUUUAAUGACAUAUUUAAUGGCAUAUGUAAACAGUAGCAACUAUCUUCGAAGCGCAAACUGAUGAUGAUAGAAAAUUAUAGAUUGUAAACAAAUGAUAUUGUUAACAAUUGGCAAAAUAUAUAAAGGUAUAUUUUGUACCUCACAAGCCAUAGCAAUCAAGAAAAUAAAAAAUUGAUAUUUUGUGAGAUAUUCACACUUAACUUCUCUGUACAUCAAAGUGGUUAAAAAUAAAGGUUAAUAUAGAUAGUA